GAGCAAGGCGACUCCUUUCACAUCGGACUUCGGUUCGUAGUUCUGUACGCCGAACACGAAAACUUGAAAUCCCGGUUGGCGUCAGUACGUCGAGAACCGGCGAGUCGUUCAAAGUUGUUCGGAAGUAAAAAAGUCACCUGGAACACCGCGAUUCCUCAGGUACGUCGGGGUUUCAGUGAUGGUGCGCGCAGUUGGCAGCUGAUGCGUUUCCCGAUACGGCUGUCGUGUGUUCCGAUCUGACACCGCGCCAGAAGUGCGAUUCCCGCUGUACACGUUCCUCUUCCUCGCCUUUCGUCGUCGUCGUCGUUCAGAGGAUUGAGCCGACGUGUUCGAGAAAGAUGCAUUUUUGCGGGACGUGAAUAUCGAGAUUACCGAGUCUGGAUAGAAACAUACUGUAAUCGAAAAUGCGGAGCACUGUCCCCUUCAAGUACGCCGUUUGCGUUCUCUUCGUUUGCGGAUGCGUGACCAGUCUGAUCGUACCGGAGGAACUGCCGACGAUACUGUCGCUCAUCUACUCCAAUAUACCGCCGAUAAAAAAAGGAACGGAUUCUCGACUCGGAGUUGGUUUUAGACUCGGAGAACACGCCGAUUUCCAAAUUCUGGUCGAAUUGGGUCCGCAACGGGAAACUCAGCCGAUCGGCAACACGGACUCAAAGAGAAGGCGACAGGCGACUUUGGAAUCGGCGAUGAAAGGGGAUUUCGGUCCGUGGGCACAGUCCGUGGCCAAGUACCAGAUGCAGUUGAGAAUACAGAAGGAAAUCGAAGAAGAGAAGAGGCUGCAGGACAAACUGAAGAAACUACAAGCUCAGGAUAACCAGAGCGAAGGAAUCGCGUCGGGGGGCAGCGACUGGUUGAAAAAGUGGAGUAAAGGUAUGGUGGAACCUCCGGACCGACAGCCGGUCGAGGAAAAUCUUCCGAUCCAAACGAUCUUGCCUCGUUUGGACGCGAGCCGAUUGUCCGUGUCCAGAUUGUCGUCGGGAUCGAACGCGAUGACCGAAGAAAAAGCCGCCGAAUUGCAAAAACUUUACAAAGAUCAACCGGCGAGUACGCAAAAGGUUUGAUCGCACCCUUCCAAUGUAGGUAUUUUAGUCAUGUAUACUUGUAAUUAUCUUCACUCAAUCGUACUGUAUAGUGUAAUAUUUAUUGUAAAGAAUAUCAGCGUUUGUACAAAAUAGUAAAAAAAAAAGAAAAAACAAA